ACGUCUAAAAUAUUUAGACGAUUGGGGAGGGAGGGGUUGAGGAGGUUUCAUGCUGUUACAGAGUUCAGCGCGCGCUGACAGGGUGGAUGGCUAGGACUGCCCGCUACAUCACUGUCGUGCAAAAAUGUUGCUGGGUGUUCACAACGGACAACCCCCUCUAGCGGCAGGUGUUCACUGGUUGGCUGAGCAGGUAGAGACACCUCAUUCUACAGACGGAGUGUCUGGACUGUUUGGCUGUAAAUGUUUUAAUCUCACAGUGUGUUCUUUCGGAAAGCGGAUCACAAAAUAUUCCGUUUUCUCCGUUCCUCCCGUUUUCGACUUGUUUUCGCCCCCACCCACACACUAGGGAGUUGAACUCUCCCCUAUCAGUGCACUUCGUCCUCCCCGCUGCUACUCCCCCUUCAUGUCUACCCCCCUCCUCUCUUACACAUUUUGUUUUGUUUGUUAACCCAGACCUCCUCAGUCGUCUCGACUAAUUGCCGUUUCACACCUAGGUAACCUCCUCUCCUAUCUCAGUCCUACGCACUAACCCUGAUCUCACCUGUAGGAACACGGUUGCUGGAGUAAAUUGCUUCUGCUAUCAGCUUAGUUUUAAUCAUCGCUGUAUCUUGGAUAUAAUGUGACAAGGGUCGAUGUAGAUAUGUACACAUUGUUUGCUGCACGUUUAUAAAAUCGUAGUAGGGGGCAGCAGUCGUAUUUAUAAAGUCGUUACCAGUGGAAAAAUUCAAGGAAUAGCAUCUUGUCUCUGUUGUUACGACGGACUGUCUAGACCUUGCGGAUGUUACUUUGUGUUACUUUAUUCUCUGGAAUCUUUACCACGAAUCGAUAACUACUGUCCCCGAGGUAACCCUGCGGUGGAGAGGACUGCCCCCCACUUCAAUAUGUCUAAUAAAGGCAUUGUGCUGCUCUUCAUGUCGAUCUCAGGAAUGAUACUCCUUUUUGUGUAUAGUCGUGACACUGUCUUUCUCAAGAGGCGAGAAUGUGUUCCUGUCAGACCAACAGACGGCAAUCAGGACCAAACUCUUGACUUUACUCCGAGACCAACGGUUGUCAACGAUCAACGGAGUGACGAAACAUUGUCUAUUCGCGAUGGCGCCACCGUUCAACUCAGAAAGAACGCCCGCAUCAUGUGCUGGAUUCCUUCCGUGGAGAGCCAGCUUCUGAAGAAAAUCAAGGCUGUGAAUGACACCUGGGUCCGUCGUUGUGACGGUCACGUGUUCUUCGUCAACACCUCCAUCCAGCUGCCCGACGUCAAGAACUUGAAUGUGCCGGACGGACGACAGCAUCUGACGGCCAAGUCCAUGCAGGCGUUUCGAGUACCUCUAUCACCAUCACCUCCAGGACUACGACUGGUUCCUGAAAGGAGACGACGACGCCUACAUCGUCUUGGAGAACCUGAGAUUGCUGAUGAGCCAGUACGACCCUGCCAAGCCCGUGUACCUGGGGCACCUGUAUAAGUCCCACCUGAAGGCUGGCUAUAUGUCCGGUGGGCGUCAUAUGCGCUGAGC